AUGGCUGGGAAGGUGACGCUGCUCCUGUGGGCCCAGACCCUCGGCCUCACUGGUGCCCAGACCACCCAGCUCCUGGUGGAGCCUCCCUGGAGGCCAGCAGUGCUGUGGAACCGGGUGACACUGACCUGCCAGGGCUCCGCCUGUGCCACCACCUGGUACAAGGACAGGCAGUGCUGGUGGCAGGAGGGACAGCACCACCUCAGUGUCACCGAGAGAGGAACCUACACGUGUGACAGACUGAGAACCGGGCUCAGCCUCCCUGUGACAUGAGAUGUGACCUUCCUCUCCCAGAGCCCACUGGUGCUGCAGGUGCCAGCACAGGCACUGCUAGAGGGGCACACCUUGACACUGCGCUGCCGCUGCCGGCAGGACAACCAUCUCACCAGGGUGCAGUUUUACCGAGAAGAGAAGGAUCUCGGGAGGUCCCUAAAGGGGACCAUGCUGUCCCUUUCACCUCUGCAGCUGCACCACAGUGGCCGCUACAGAUGUGAGGGCUUGGUGGGGUCCUGGCAGUCACGGCUAGCAGCACCAGUGACAGUGAAAGUGCACUGUGUCCCGCCCACAGGGGUGUCCCUGUCAGCACAGCCCCCAAGGGUACAGGUGGCACUGGGGGACCGAGUAAUGCUGAGCUGUGCGGUGGCCAUGGGGACAGGUCCCCUGUUCUUCUCCUGGCACCGGGAGGGCUCAGGGGCACUGUCGGGCACCGGACCCUGCCUGGUGUUGCACCACGUUGGGGACAAUGACAACAGCCAGUACCGGUGCUGGGUAAGCGAUGGGGACAGCGUGGCCGAGAGUGUCCUCCUGAAUGUCACCGUCCUAGUGCCCGUGGCCAAUGCCACCAUCAUGCUCGGUCCCCUGUUACACCAGGAGCGCACAGGUGACAACGUGACCCUGCAUUGCUCGGUGCAGGUGGGCUCAGCCCCUGUCACCUUCACCUGGCUGCACAAUGGGCAGGAGGUCACCCAGGGUCCCGUCCUGGAGCUCAGGGACAUCGAUGUGGGACAUUCGGGCACCUCUCAGUGCAUGGCCACCAAUCAGCUGGGACAGGACGGGCACCGCGUGUUCUGGGCACUCAGCCCUGAGCUGGCCCUGGAGGUGACACCUGGCUCACCCUGGGUCACAGUGGCCUCAGGGGUCGGUGGGGCCCUUUUGUUCCUGCUCCUGCGUGUCAUUGUGACCUGGCACCUGUGGCACAGUGUGGCCGCCAGGAAGAAGCAGGAAAGACCUCCCAUCCCCUUCCCCACAACCCCUUUGUUCACUCAGGGCCCCUCCGGAUCUCCCGCCCCCCCAGAGGAGGGGGAGCUGCUGUACACCCACGUUGUGGUCACCAAGAGGGCAGGGAUGUCCCCACGUGCCACCACCCUCCAGGAUCCCCAGGUGACCUACGCGGAGCUGCAGGGACCCCAGGGGCGACCGCGGGAACUCGGUGACAUCUACGGGAAUGGCUCGGGGACCGCUGGUGCCACCACCCGGUACAAGAACAGACGGCGCUGGGGGCAGGAGGGACCUGACCGCCUCACUGUUACCGAGAGUGGCACGUACAAAUGUGACAGACCCAGCACCGGGCGUAGCCCUGCUGGCUGGCGGAACAACACGGUCAUCUUGGUGUCAUUUUACCAUGAGGGGAAGAAACUGGAGGGGCUCCACAAUGGCACCGAGCUGUCCCUGUCCCCUCUGCAGCAGCACCACAGCGGCAACUGCCACUGUGAGGGCCGGGUGAGCAACGUGGCGUCAAAGUGGAGCGAGUAG